UUCAUCCAAAAGAAAUGAAGCCCCGGAUUUCUCCUUCCGGAGAGAUAACAUAAAAAAGAGUGAGAAAACAAAAGGGAAACAGAAACCGAGGUAAAAACUCUAUCAAAAACCCACCUCUCCUAUCCUCUCUUCAUAGAGCAGAAAUGAAGAGCCGCCUUUGAUUUAACAUUUACAUAUCUUCUUCAAUCUCCGUUCGUAGUGGUGUUUUAAUUUGGUGGUAUUCUUUGCCAUCAUUUCAUUUCUACCACUCUAAAAAAACCCCCCCUUUUUUUUUUUUAUAUUAUCUUUUUCUCCAUGCGGCGAAGAGCACCAACAACCGCAGAUCCAACCAAACCAACAACAUUCAACCAAUUCAUUAGAACAUCGACCGAUAACAACAACAACGUUAAAUACAGAGGUGUGAGGAAACGACCGUGGGGUCGUUUCGCGGCCGAGAUCCGAGAUCCAUGGAAGAAGACACGUGUGUGGCUCGGCACCUUCGAUUCCGCGGAGGAUGCUGCUCGUGCCUACGACACCGCAGCGUUGUCGUUGCGUGGUCCAAAAGCGAAGAUUAAUUUCCCUCUCACCGCUCCUCAGCUAGCAACUCUUCCAGCAAUCAGAGACGAACAACCCAGAUUUUCCUCUUCUGCCAGUACUAAGUUCAAUCCGAUUCAACCCAACAGGCCAACGACAAGUAGUAUGAGCAGUACGGUGGAGUCGUUUAGUGGCCCCAGGGUCGUUUCGAAUCCGGUCUCAAGGGUCAAGAUCGUGAACCCUGUUGCACCCGAUGAUUGCCGUAGCGACUGCGACUCGUCGUCUUCGGUGGUUGAUGAUGACAACGACGACUACUGUGUUCUCACCUCCUCGUUUCGUAAGAUCCAGCCGUUCGAUCUGAAUCUACCUCCUCCGAUGGAUGAAGAUUUCGGCAUCGCUGAUGAUCUUCAAGCCACCGCUUUGUGUCUCUGAUUGUGGAUCUAAUGGUCAACUUUUCUCUUUUUCUUUUUUUUACUUUCUGUUUUUUCUAUCUUAUUUUCUCGGGAAAAUGAUUAAAAAAAAAAAUCGUUCCAGUGGUUGAACGUUGAAGAGAAAUUGGUUUUUUUUGUUUUUGUUUUGUUUUUGUUUUAAAUCCUUGUCUGUGUUAGAUUAUAACUCCUAUGAUGUAGAAUAGUAGGGUAUUUGAGUUGUUAUGCGAUCUUGUAGUUUCUUCAACUUUCAUGGGCUAUGAAUUAUUUUGUCUCUGUAUUGUUGAAGAUAAUUAGAUCGUAUUACAAAGCAGUGUAUGAGAUCUGACUUUUGAGAGUC